AUGGCCGUUUCAGCUCCCACCCCCAAGCUGGAUCGAUACAUUGUCAUCCAUGUCGCGACUACUUGCGAUGAACAUGGCGUCUACGUCACCAAGGAUUCCGCCGAAGUGAUCGAGUUGGGCUGGAUCUUGUUGGAUACCAAAACCUGCGAGGAGUUGCACCAUGAGAGCGUUCUCGUCAAGCCAGUCAACACCCCCAUCACGCCUCUUUGCACGAGCCUGACGACUCUGACAUGGGAACACGUCCGCUCGGCAGGCACUUUCCGCGAUGCCAUCAACCGUUUCGACGCCUUCGCCCAGGAACACCUGAUCAGCAAGAACCUGGAGUUCGCCUUCGUGACCCUGGAUUCAUGGGACCUGCGCGUUCAGCUGCCCCGCGAGGCCCGCGACAAGGCCGUCGUGCUGCCCGCAUACCUCCAGCACUCCCGCACCUUCGACCUGCGCACCGAGUACCAGCGCUGGCAGACCCACCACCCCGAGUCGCUGCCCUUCGGCCCCAGCUCCCUCUCCAACAUCUGCGCCGCCCUCGAGGUCGAGCCCGUUCAGUCCUCCGCCCCCAUCAAGCACAACCUCCCCUUCCACCUGCAGGCUCUGGCCCCCGCCUCGCCUCGCCGCGCCAUGGAGGAGGCCAUCACGCUGGCGCGGGUGCUGCGCGGCUUGAUCCGCAAGUCCCAGCCUCCCCAUGAGCACCCCGAGAUCCUCACCCGGCCGAUGGACGCCAGAGCCGACGUGCGGGCCUUCCUGACCGAGCGCAGCAAGGUGCUCCACCUCAGCGGACUCCCCCACGACACCACCCAGUCGGAGCUGGAGAGCUGGUUCACCCAGUUCGGUGGCCGCCCCAUCGCCUUCUGGACCCUCCGCACCCCGGACCAGCACAAGCCUACCGGUACCGGAUUUGCCGUUUUCUCGUCCCACGAAGAGGCUGCCGAGUCUCUCUGCAUGAACGGUCGUGCCCUCAACGAAAAGGCCAUCGAGGUCUCGCCCUCGUCCAGCCGGGUCCUUGACCGUGCCGCGGAGAUCCUGACGCCCUUCCCCCCGUCGAAGAACCGCCCCCGUCCCGGUGACUGGACCUGCCCCUCCUGUGGAUUCUCCAACUUCCAGCGCCGCACGGCCUGCUUCCGCUGCUCAUUCCCCGCUAUGGCUGCGGCCCCUGACCCGAUGGGAUAUGGAGCCUACGGCUACGGACCCCCGUCGAUGGUGCCUCCUCACAUGGGUGGCCACGGACACGGCAUGGGCCACUCCCGCGGCAUGGGCGGCAACGGCGGUGUCGUGCCCUUCCGCGCGGGUGACUGGAAGUGUGGUUCGGAGGGCUGCGGCUACCACAACUUCGCCAAGAACAUCAACUGCCUGCGUUGUGGUGCGCCUCGGUCGGGUGCCGCGGUGGUGGCGGACUCGGCGUUCCCGUCCCCGAUGGACCCUCCCACGGGCUUCGGCAUGGGUCCGAACUCGAUGACCAGCACCCCGGCCCCCGGACCGUUCACGGCCUCUAGCGGCGGCUUCGGUGGCUUCAACCAGCAGUUCGCGGCGCCUCCCAACAACUACGCCCUGCCCUCGGGCUUGGGCAACGCCCCGGCUGCGUACCCCCCCAUGGGCCAGAUGAACGCCGGCUACGGCUCCGCGAACGCCUCCCACUCGGCGGGCUCGUUCGCCAACCCGGCGGCGCAGGCUGCGUUCACGGGGGCGGACCACUCCACGUCGACAAGUGCCUCGAACGGUGCAUUCUACGGCAGCGAUGGGUCGAACGAUCCGUUUGCCUUCCUCUCCACGGGCCUGGGCGGGCUGACGGUGGGAGAUGACGCCCACCCCCGCCGCAACGGCGCUGGGGCUAACAAGUCGCCUGCGUAA